AUGUUUGGUGGCGAGUAUGAUCACGCGUAUGAUGCUAAUAACGGGCAGCGGUUCCAGCCGCCAGUGCUGGAUGCCAUGGAGUUUGAGAAGCCCGGUAGUCCCAGUGUUGGGGAUCAUUUUCUGAGACAGCAGAUCUCAAACCAGUCUUUGCACGAUCAGUAUUCGAGUCACAUGGAGCAACAACAACAACAACAACAACAACAACAUAAUGCGGCGUAUGGUGCUGGUUUCACUGAUAUACCUCAGUUACACCCUUCCACGCCUCCACAUGGUCUAGUACAAAAAAUAAGUAAUGGUAAUUUCCAUCCUGCUAUGAACCAGGGUGGAAAUAUACCGAGCACAAGUAACAUGAACAACAUGUUCAAUACGCCUCCACCUACUAUGGGAAACAACCCACUGUAUUCGCACGACAAUAACUCUACUAAUCUGUUACAGGAUAAUCUAAACCAAGCUCGUUCACAGUUUUCUCCGGAUCGUUAUUCAGUUGAUUCCGAUUUCAACAAUGGGGCCGGGAACCACGUUAUGGCUAAUGGGAAUUAUAAUAUUAAUGGAAGUCAAAGUAGCAGUCCUUAUCAUCAACCACAGACUUUCUACACCAACAGCAAUUUGUCAUCGGGACAAUUAAGUGCCCAUAGAUCAUCUCCUCAAAGGCAGCCUGCACAGCCAUUACAACAGACAACUUUCACCCAACUUCCGCAACCUUCUUUACCUCCCCAACAGCAACAGCAACAGCAACAGCAACAGCAACAACAGCAGCAGCAGCAGCCAAAAUUUCAAAGCAUGGUUCCUCCACAACAAACACAGCUUCAACAGCAACAACAGCAAGAGCUACAAAAUGCGGGUAGCUAUAUGUAUUUUGAGAGGAGACCCGACUUAUUGAGUAAGUCGACACAGGACAAAGCCGCUGCUGUCAAGCUUAAGGUUGAGAAUUACUAUCAACAGUCAGUGAAGUAUGCAAUCGAGAGGAACGAGCGUAGAGUAGAGCUUGAGACAGAGCUGGGAUCGCAUAACUGGUCUGAAGAACGGAAUGCAAGACAGCUUGCCUCCCUAGGUAAGAAAGAAUCGCAAUUCUUGAGGUUGAGGAGGACCAGGCUAUCGUUGGAAGAUUUUCAUACGGUUCAAGUUAUUGGUAAAGGUGCAUUUGGUGAAGUUAGACUUGUUCAAAAGAAGGAUACUGGUAAGAUCUAUGCGAUGAAGACGUUGCUUAAGUCUGAGAUGUACAAGAAGGAUCAAUUAGCGCAUGUCAAGGCUGAAAGAGAUGUCCUGGCAGGCACGGACUCCCCUUGGAUUGUUUCAUUGUACUACUCAUUCCAGGAUGCACAAUACCUUUACUUGAUCAUGGAGUUUCUACCGGGUGGUGAUUUGAUGACGAUGUUGAUCAGAUGGCAGUUGUUCACGGAAGAUGUUACCAGAUUCUACAUGGCCGAGUGUAUAUUGGCCAUCGAGACUAUCCAUAAGCUUGGUUUCAUUCACAGAGAUAUUAAACCGGAUAAUAUUCUAAUUGACAUUCGUGGGCACAUUAAACUUUCAGAUUUUGGUUUAUCUACGGGGUUCCACAAGACCCACGAUUCCAAUUACUACAAGAAGUUGUUGCAGCAGGACGAGGCUACUACGAAGAAUGGGGCACCAAAUGACGCAGGAGACGGUAGUAACAACCGGCAAACCAUGAUUGUUGAUUCUAUCAACCUGACUAUGUCUAACAGGCAGCAGAUUCAAACGUGGAGGAAAUCUAGAAGGCUGAUGGCGUACUCGACUGUUGGUACACCUGAUUACAUUGCGCCUGAGAUCUUUUUGUACCAAGGGUAUGGCCAGGACUGUGAUUGGUGGUCCUUGGGGGCUAUUAUGUAUGAGUGUUUAAUUGGAUGGCCACCAUUCUGUUCGGAGACCCCGCAGGAGACGUAUCGUAAGAUCAUGAAUUUUGAGCAAACGUUGCAAUUCCCUGAGGAUGUACAUAUCUCUUACGAGGCGGAGGAUUUGAUCCGUAGGUUGCUAACGCACUCCAAUCAGAGGUUGGGGAGACAAGGCGGUGCUGACGAGAUCAAGAGUCAUCCGUUCUUCCGUGGGGUGGACUGGAACACCAUACGACAAGUGGAGGCACCAUACAUCCCCAAGUUGAGUUCCAUCACGGAUACCCGAUUCUUCCCAACGGACGAGUUAGAGAAUGUCCCAGACUCGCCCGCAAUGGCACAAGCUGCAAAACAAAGGGAGCAAAUGAUGAAGAACGGUGUGAAUCCGAACCAGAACCAAGUGAAGGAAGAUCUACCUUUCAUCGGCUACACUUACUCCAGAUUCGACUACUUGACGAGAAAGAAUGCAUUAUAA